AUGUCUGUGUGUGUUUUACAGCAUUUGCUGAAGACAACAAUCGAAAUUCCUAGAGAUGGCACAGGAAGGAAGCCUUCCAUGCGACGAGCAUCUCACAGAGUGCAUUUCAGUACACCUGUUCAAAAUGCCAUUGACGAUUUCAGCAAGCUGUUUGCAAAAUUCAAAGUGAAGAACUUGGAAUUUCCUUAUAUACAAUCUCCAGGUGGUGUGGAAAAGCCGGCGAUGCCUUUUGGGACUCUUCCAGAGUCUUGGUAUCAUCGGAAUCCAAAAACAAGCAAAAUUAUUUGGCACUCCAAGUUUCCUAUUCUUCGCGAAGAUGACACGUUCACUGAUGGUCAAGGGCUACAUGCGACAAGGAAAGAGCUCAAUAUCCCGCUGCAUCCUGGAGCUAUGUCUCUAGCUGGCCCCUUCGGGGCUAUUCAUGACUGGCUGCACCAUCAUAUUCCAAACCUGCAACUUCCUGUGAAUCUGGAGAACAUGCAACCGGAGGAGCGCAAUGCGCUUUUUACAAAGAUCAUACUCGAAGCCCAUGACGGAAAAAAAAUCAGGCUCUCGGAUAUCCUUAAGCCCCUUACUCACACGCCGAAUUGGAAAAGUUUCAACCCUGAUGAUUACACACUGCUAUACGAAAUCUUAAGAAUACCAGUCAAAAAUAUGUUUAUCGAGGGUGGCAUCGAAUUCGUUAUCACAACUCCGGAGGGCGGUCAAGUAUCGCACAUCGUUCCGGUUCGUCCUGGAGAAUCUUGGGAUCAGGCAGCAAAUAGCUUUUUCUUCACAUAUCCUCAAUAUGACAAAAUAAAAACGAAGCUUAGAUUGUUUGAUGGCGAGGGAAAUCCGAUUGUCCUCUCCCCAGAGUCCUCUGUGUAUGUGGGGGUCAAGGAAGCCAUCGAACAGAAGCGCAGGAUGAGAAGCACAAGCGUGCAGGAAGUCCAGCGGUUUAUCAACGAAUUAUUACGGGGAGCUGAUAUCGUCAGGCCAGUUAGGCUUCGGGACCUACUGUCGAUCGUUAGGAAACAUAUUGCCCAAAUCCGGCCAGAUCUCAUUGCGCAGUUGAACCUACCGGAUCCAGCUACCUCCCAAAGAGAAAUCGCGAAGCUUAAAGCCCAGAUCGAUGUAUUGAAAGCGAAGGCAAACAAAACUGCCGUCGACUACGAUGCUAUACAGGGACUCAGGCACCAGAUCAAAUCGAUACUAGCAAGAGAAAAUAAAUGGGCGGUUCCAUCGGUGCUUUCGUUCUCUCACAUCAGGCAUAAAGGAGCUGAGAAAGACUUUGACGUAUCGUUACAGAGUUCUGAAUUUAGGCUAGCUGAUGAAUUUUGGAAAGUAUAUCAUCAUGCCACACGACAGUCUCAGAACGCUGCGAUGCUUGACUUUGCAAACGUCUACAAUAUUACAUUCCGCGUACUGGGAAUGGAGGAACGCGUAGAGGAGAAAAAGCGUACCAAGCAAAAGAUAAAAGCAGAAAAGCAAGCGGAGCGGCAUGUGAGAGACGUUAAUGUGAAGGUGAAGCUUGUGUUUGACGUUGAAAAUGACGAAGCGUUUUCCGACAGCGGUAUUGUCAUCAGUCUUCCCUCAGAUUUUGCUACUGGUCUAAAUAUCGGAGGAAAACGCAAAGUUGCACAACAAUUGUCAAAAAUGUAUGGCAUUCCAAAGGCUUAUUUUACGUUUGACGGAUACCCACGCGUUGUAAUCGACCCAGCCAAAAGCGAGCUGCCAGUUCUAAAAGUUGCACUUCAAGCACUUUGCCUACGCAAUGACGGCAAAAUCGGUGUACGGCCAGCCGAGCUGGCACAGGUGCUAAUCGAAAAAGGAGGCUAUGGAAACAAAGAUUACAUCUUAUUGCAUGCGGCCGCCGGGGAAAAGCUGAGAGUGUCGGUAGAAAACGCUCGUCAAAUCGCUCCAGAAAAGGCGCGAAUGUUCAUGUUCGCGUGGAAGCGUAAACUGUCAGAUAUUACAUCGGCCGCAGAGGGAAAAGCAAAAGAAAAGGCAAAAGCUGCCGCGGGAGAGGUUGCCGAACCUGCCAAGUGGAUGGAGAUUCUCGGACCUUGGCUAUCGCGAAUGCGAGGUUUUGGAACUCUAGCAGACACAAAAAUCCAGCUCAUUGUUCACAACGAUAAGGCAGCUACAAAGAGCGAUAGAAUAAGUAAAUGCCGUAUUUCAACCUUUGAGGAGCUUCUGGAGUACAUUAAUGACAUGCAGCAGCUGCUGAAAGUGUGCCCAGGGCUUUUGAUGGCUGUUACUAGCGGACAGCCAUUUUCUUUCGAUCUCGGAAUCCGAAGUCCACCACCCUCAGGCUUUCGACUGUGGAACCGUGCUCAUGGAGACCCUGGGAAGAACCAAAGAUAUCUGGAACGCCUUACAGUUGCGCUGUCAAAAGUACCAUCUGACUCCAAGAUACAGUGGAAGUUUUCCAAGCACGGUGGAGGCAUGACGUCUGAUCAGAUUGAAAAGAUCAAAGUUCUUCUGCAAGGCAACAAGCCUAGGGAUGCUGCACUAGUUAGAGAGAUUUUAGCGAUUUUGGGAGUUCCUGCAGACGACAUCGAAAGGCUAACUGGAAGGUUGAAUAUCUUGAUAACGCACGAGCCCACUGACCAAGACAAGGUGCUGCUGCUUGACAUUGCAAGGGCGGACGGCCCACGAAUCAUAAGAAAUAUCUCAGCUCAUGCUGACCCCAAAACACCAUUGCAAAUCGGUCUUCUAGAUGGCGAUUUUUCGCUGUCCUACAGCUUCUAUAGCCCUACAAAGCAAAUUAGCGGCCAACCCUGCGGCAUCCGCUCUGCACAAGACUUCCAAAACCUGACGUGGGAAACGGCGGUUGGAUGGUGUAAUUUAACCUUCGACGAACUGAAGAGCCACUCACCUGCAUUUGCUUGGAUAGAAGGCGUUCAAAUGGCUAUGUAUCCACCAUCCCAACCUGGUAUACCGGUUGUUUCCUUUCAAAACGACACACCGAUGGCUUUUACGUACAGACGACCAGCCUCUCCGGUUUCAGGUAUCAUGCCACAAGACAUCUAUUUCAACCUUGUUCAACAGCCGGGAGCUAAUGCCCCUGGUGCGACAUUUACCCAAAAAAUCCCAGAGCCAAGUGGAGGGCUCGGGACUGAUAUCACUUACUUCGGCCAGAAUCCACAACGAUGGAGAGCAAGAAUGGAUCCCGGAACCGUCACGAUGCCUCGCGGCACCUUUGGGGAGUUCAACAUUUACCCAGACCCUGAACAACAGGAGGCUGGCAAAGCUUUUGUAAAUCCUAUCAUCCGUACAAUCGAGAUUCCAGGGUUUUCCCAUGUACCUGAAUUAAAAGAAAAUUUAAACAUUGUCUUCAAACCCAAAACGUCUGUUCCUAUGGGGGGUGAGCUUGUAUACAUUCAAGCUCCAGCAAGUACUGGACGGUAUUAUUUCUGCCCUGAUCUUACAAUUCAACAGUUUAUGAGCUUGAAAAGCAAAGAGGAGGUCUCAAGGCUCUGCAGUAACAUUCCUGUUGAGCUUUUGGAGGCAGAUUUUCUGGUGUCCACGUUUGCCCCUCUCAUACUGGUUGAUCGACUGAACGUGCCUCGCUACUACACCGUUGCAUGGGACGACGAUAUUGACAAAUUCGUUGAGCCACUUUUCCAGGAAGGUCACCCCGAAGACCAAGUGGUGUUCACGUUCGCCAACGCGAACCACUGCGUAGCUACCCGCCCUAUGCUCAAGGGGCUAAAAACGUGGUUGGAGUUGGCUCGUUUUUGUUCUGCGAUAUUUGGUAACAACUAUCCAACACAGAUUACCGGCGUUAUAAAGGUUCGGAUUCUCUUGCCAGAGAGCCUGAAGACGUCAUUCACAAAGAUUCACCAGGGACUCUCUCCCGAGAGCAUCUUUUCCUAUGAGCCCCUGGCACUAGUAAUUGACAACAUUCUGGCAGGCCAGAAAGCGGGCAUAACAAUUGAGGUUACGCUUGAAAUGAAUGAUGGAACAAAGUUAAAAUUCAAUCAGAUUCCAGAAGAAUGGAAAAAUGUUACUGCUCCCCAAAUUCCGGGUCUUGUCAGCAUUGAGAUUAAGGAUACAAACUUGGGAAACCUGCAGGACCUGCUAAAUCAAGGAAACAUCAGUCCAAGCAUGCCAUUCGGGCAGUUCGUGUCAAAGGUUACUGGAGAUAUUAAUAGCGCAACAGGCCUUGCUUUCCCCUCUGCCAAUAUUCGGAUAGGCGGUCCGCCAAGUCCAGGGGUGCCAAUACCCCAUUAUGAGUUUGAACUGGUACAACCAGAAGCGGUUGGAGCUGAUGGACAGACAGCGAAUUUCGGUGUCAGGAUACCUCUAGCCCAUGGAUCAAUACCUGACGCAUUUCCAAUGGGGGAAGUAAUUAAAACUCUUCACAACCCGCAAGUCACGGUGAUUACUGUCAUGGCGGGGUCGAAUGUGCCGCUCACCAAGCACAGCCAGAAUUUGGACAUGUCCUUCAGCGAUCUAAUUGCUUGGCUAAAGAUUCACUUGGGUAUCAAUGAUCCAGCGGGUAUCCACGUUACUGUGGUCGUUGAUGGAACUCCUUAUAGAGGGACGUUCACUGGCGAGCAACUUCUUGGACAUUCGUUAGGCAGCCUUUUGGGAAUGAUCGGAGCUGCCGAUUUAACCGAUUCUCAUUCCCUUGUUUUUAUUAAUUUCAUUGUGAACGGAUCCAUUUACGACGAUAAACCGGGAUCUCCAGUGGACUUUGCAAAGCUACUGCAAAUUCGUGUGCCAGGGAAAAAGCAGCCACCUUCAGACUUCGAGUUUACCGUUGCUGGUCCAGGUGGAUCUUCCACGCAGUUAGUUCCGGCAGAUAUCAUGCGCCUCCUGCAAGAUGUGGCGGAUAUGCACGGACAUCCCGGAAUGUCACUGGUGCUCUCCUUUCUAAACUCGUUGAAGCAAGUGUCCCAAGUGGCUCCUGGACAAACAAUUCGGAUUGACACAAAGAAGCGCCGAAAUUCGAGGUCAGAAGAAGACUGUGUGUGGCGGUGGAGUAUUACGAAAAAUCGCUUGCCAUUGCGUAACCGAAACGCAGAUGCUGCCACGGAAAGUCGUCUCAUGAUUCUUACACGUGCCCGCUUCUGCGUUGGUUUGCAGCAUCCGGAAGAAGCUAUUAACAGUAUCUUGAGUACACCGGCUGGACAACUUCCACGGGACUCCUACCUGCUGGUAUUCACGAGCGAAGGUCCUAGAGGGAGAAGGAUAAUGGUGCCAAUUUCGCCACAAGACAAGAAAAAAACUGUAGCCAAAUUACUACAACAUCUAAAUAUUGCUCUUCAAACAAUUCUUGACCUGAAGAUUGUAUCCGACGUAGAAGAUGGAGCUCUGAAUGUCGGGGUACUGGAUAGAACUAUCACGAUUCCCAUUCAAACUCUCAGCUCAACAGACAGAAGCACCAUGGAUGAAUUUUUAUCACAAAUGGGUCAGAAGCUCAGCAGCAUGCUGCGGAGUGCCCGAUUAACAUAUCAGCAUCUUGUACUUCAUACGAUUCUUACAAAGGCAGAUGGCACCAAAAUUUUCGUGGACACGCCGCUUGGUCCUCCGGAAAAUGCCGAAAGAAUGUUGUCAAGUCUUUCUCUUUGGUCCUUACUGCCAGACGAGGCCAGGCACGAGAAAAUAAAACACAUCAAUAUGCGCAUCCAGGCCGCCACUACCACUUCGUCACGUCCAGCUACGCCUACUCCACCGCCUCAAGGCGGGAACCUCCUUCCUUCCGAGCAGACCUGGGGUGUCAUACCUGGGCAACCUGUGAAUAGCAUUGAGAAUUUCUUGAUUCAGCUACCCUCUGGAGAACGUCGUCCCAUAAGUGAAGUCGGGGACCAACUUGUCCGUGCCUUCUUCCGGAGUGCAGUAUCGCGGAACCGCACGUGGAGUCGAGUGUUUUGGGGAAAGCAAACAGCGGAGGGUGUUUGUGGGCCCGAAAUGGAGUUCCCCUACUUCAUGGUGAUGAGUACGAAGAUUGCAGAUCUUCACGCUCCACAGGGUCACGACUGCCUUGCUUUAAUCAAAUUGAAUUUCGAGGUAGGAGCGUGCAAACCGGUUAUGCUGAGUGUCUACUUUGAAGUUGCAUAUCUCUACCACGAGGCUCCGCUUCAAAUUCUCACGCCUAAGGAGAGGAAACUCUAUCAAGCAGCGAGCAUGGAACUUGAAGCUGUCAAAAGGCCUCUCCGGGAGUUGAUUGCGAGAGCCACUGGAAGUAAUGAUGUCGGCAAUUUGAUGUCGUGUCUCAUCACUCAGCCCUUCGUGGCCUAUUCGUGUACGCAACCACUUCCAGUGAACGCAGAUAAGGAGACCCUAGAGGAAAUUAUUGCGCGUUCUCGAUACGUUGUUCUUUCAAUGGCGACCGCUGGAUCAAAAACCACUGGAUUUUUACAAAAAGGCUCCUUUCUUUCCCGCAUUAGUCGGGUUCACCAUUGA